AAUAUCACAAACUUUUGGACCGACAAACCAGUUGGAAACUUAUCUGAAAGGUGGUGGAGAGAGUUAGCUAUCUUUGUGACCUGAGACGCCAAUCUUUCUUAGCUUUUCCGGGGAAAAAAAAGAGAAAUGUUUUUAACGGAACGGGUCUGUUGGAUUUAUUUUCUCAAGGGGAAAUGAAGGUUCUUGGAAGGUAACGGGAUUCGGUAAGAGGAGUUUUGGUGGGGAAUGGGCGGAAAUGAGGGCGGCGCUGGACAAAGAAAUGGCGAGGAAACUUUGCGGGGAUUCGGUGGCGCCGUCAACCUCCGUUUGGAGGCAAGCUACUUGACGGUGCUACUAGUGGUGAUAACAGUUGCUUGCGGUGGAGAUUUCAUAAAUGUUUAGUUAAUUUGAUGUCUCAAACUCAGUCCCUCCAAAGCUUGAAAAACUCGAGCAAGUCAUCCAAAAAUAGUAAUAAAGUUGCCAUCGUAAUAGGAUCUAGUCUUUGAAACCACGGACAAGACCCCGACCAAGAUCUUCAAAUUAAACUAAAAAUAUAUCUUUAAUUACAAUUAUACCGUUAAUUCCCCCCAAAAUGGCGCCACGUGUUCUUUCCUCCACUUAAGAAUAUUAACCAACCCAACAGUCGUCUUCUUCAUUUUCAGCAUUCCUUUUUGUUUGCCUGUUUCAAUCAAAAGAUUGAGCUUCAAAAUUUCCUCCAAAUUCGACCGUUCAAAUACGCCAUUGUUUUGCUUCGAUGAGUUUCCGUGACGAUACUGAAGAUGGCCGCGAUCUCAAGAAGCCGUUUCUACAUACCGGAAGUUGGUAUCGGAUGAGGCAGUCCAGUAUUAUGAGCUCCUCCGCUCAAGUCAUUCGCGAUGGAUCAAUCUCCGUCGUUCUCUGUGUUCUCAUCGUCGCCUUGGGCCCUAUACAAUUUGGCUUCACCUGUGGAUUUUCUUCACCUACGCAAGAUCAAAUCGUUGAAGAUCUCAAGCUUUCGGUUUCAGAGUAUUCUAUUUUUGGUUCGUUGUCAAAUGUGGGCGCAAUGGUUGGUGCGAUUGCCAGCGGUCAAAUUGCUGAAUACAUUGGCCGAAAAGGGUCGUUACUGAUUGCAGCGAUUCCAAACAUAAUAGGAUGGCUGGCCAUAUCUUUUGCCAAUCAUUCCUCAUUUUUAUUCAUGGGAAGGUUGUUAGAAGGCUUCGGUGUCGGCAUUAUUUCGUACACGGUACCUGUAUAUAUAGCAGAGAUAGCACCCCAAAACAUGAGAGGAAGCCUUGGAUCAGUAAACCAGCUAUCAGUCACUAUUGGAAUAAUGCUGGCUUAUCUGUUGGGGUUGUUUACAAAUUGGAGAGUGCUUGCAGUUUUAGGAAUAUUGCCAUGUCUAAUAUUGAUACCUGGGCUGUUCUUCAUACCCGAAUCUCCUCGAUGGCUGGCACAAAUGGGAAUGACGGAUGAAUUUGAAGCCUCUUUGCAAGUUUUGCGUGGUUUUGAUACGGAUAUUUCUGUCGAAGUUAAUGAUAUCAAGAGAGCCGUAGCAUCAUCAAGGAAGACAACAACAAUUCGAUUUGCAGAUCUUAGGCGAAGAAGAUAUUGGUAUCCUUUGACGGUAGGGAUUGGAUUAUUGGUGCUUCAGCAACUCAGUGGCAUCAAUGCUGUUUUAUUCUAUUCCAGUAAUAUCUUCGAAAGAGCUGGGGUUAAAUCUAGCAAUGUGGCCACGUUUGGGCUUGGUCUUAUUCAGGUCAUUGCAUCUGGUGUGACCACGUGGUUGGUAGACAAAGCCGGUCGCAGGGUGCUCCUUAUGAUAUCCUCUUCUGGAAUGACUUUGAGUCUGCUCCUUGUUGCCACGGCAUUUUACGUUGAGGGAUACAUCUUAGAAGAUUCCGUCAUACAUAGCGUAAUGGGAAUAAUGUCAUUGGUGGGCCUUGUGGCUUUUGCAAUUUCCUUCUGUUUGGGUGUUGGAGCAAUCCCAUGGGUUAUAAUGUCCGAGAUACUUCCAGUAAAUAUUAAGGGUCUAGCCGGCAGUGUGGCGACGUUGUUCAACUGGAUGACGGCUUGGGCAGUUACCAUGACUGCAAACUUGCUCCUCUCUUGGAGUGGUGGAGGGACGUUCACAAUUUAUGCUGGUUUGGCUGCUUUCACCAUUAUAUUUGUGGCACGUUGCGUUCCGGAAACAAAAGGAAGAAGUCUAGAGGAAAUUCAAUCCUCCUUCAGAUAGAAAAUAGCAUAUUUGUACAUCCAAUCUUUUGACUUUUUUAUAUUAUGCAUUUAUCACUAAACUUGUUUCAACCCAUGUAAUGAAUAUAUGGAUAAAGAUGCACGUUAUUACUACUAAAAA